AUCAGCUACAACCCUCUGCUUCACAGUGGGUAUAGACCCCGCCCAUUCUGUCCUCGACAGCGACACCCACUCGGGGGUGGCGGCGCGCCGCCCCUCAAAUCUCAACCGAAAAUAAAACUUUGCACACGGGAGUAAGGCCUCAGAUGCGUUUAGCAGAUUCGCUACCCCUUGUUUGUCGGAUAAAUAUGAUGGUCACCCCUGUUACUAUAAAAUUAAUUGAGUCGAUUCGCAAAAGCUCAUACUGUUUAACGCUGGCCGCGGAAACAUUGGUGUGCUCGUCCGUUAUCCAUUUUGUGUUAAAGUAGGUAUGUCAGGAGCCAGGACACAGAUUGCAGAUUCAUCGACUUCGCCGCCCUUAAGCGACAGUCGGCGGGUGGAGUACACAGGCAUGAAGUUCUCAUACGCGGACGGGUCCGACGACGAGGCGCCGCUGAACGCCGAGCUGCCGUCGUGCGUGUACGCAGCGGCGCGGAGCCGCCUGCAGCUCCCGCUGGCCGCCUACGUGCACCAGCACACCCGGCAGCUGCACUCUGAAGUCCUCCUGGAGGCGUCGACCGAGCCCGAGUACCAGUGCGGAGGCUCCCCGUACCGCGUGCAGCGCGCCGCCGCCAACGUCCGCGAGCGCCGACGGAUGCUGAGCAGUAUAAACUCGGCGUUCGACGAGCUGCGAGUGCACGUGCCGACGUUCCCUUACGAGAAGCGGCUCAGCAAAAUAGACACGCUGCGCCUCGCCAUCGCCUACAUCGCUCUACUCAGGGAGGUCUUGGACGCUGAUUAUGACCCGUUGACAUACGUUGAGAAAUGCUUGAGAGGAGAAAUCAAAGCAGACAGAGCACAUUGGAAUACAAGUGACCUGACGGCCCGUCUGUCGUGGAUCAACUGGGAGAACCUGGGCGUCAAUCCGCAGCGCCGCAGCGUACUGACGUCGCUGGCUCUGGGCUCGGACAACCUGCCCUAUUCACAUAACUAA